CCGGACGGCGGCCGAGGCGCGGCCCGUCGGGGUCAGGAGUCAGCAUGCUGAGGGCAGCGUGCCGGGCCCUGGGUUCGGUUCGGACGCAAGCAGGGAUCCAGCUCCCAGUUCUUAGGGUGUCAGAGGGAGUGAGGGCCAGACUUCCCUCGGCCCAGUGGCGCCUGCAGCCUCGAGGUCACCUCCUCCAGGCCGCCCGCGGAUUUGCCAUCAAGAAAGCAGUCACAGUCCAGCCCAGCCAAGGAGAUGACCCACCCCCUUCCACGUUGCUCAAGGACUACCAGAACAUCCCUGCAGUUGAGAAGGUUGAUGAUGUUGUAAGAAGACUCUUGUCUUUGGAAAUGGCUAAAAAGAAGGAGAAGCUAAAAGUCAAGCAAGAGUUGUUGAUGAACAAGGUCGUGGAAAACCCUGAGGACACCAGCUCCCUGGAGGCUCGAAUUGUCGCCCUGACCGUCAAGAUCCGCAGUUACGAAGAGCACAUGGAGAAGCAUCACAAGGACAAAGCCCACAAGCGCUACCUGCUCAUGAGCAUCGACCAGAGGAAGAAGAUGCUCAAAAACCUCCGCAAAACCAACUACACCGUCUUUGAGAAGACGUGCCAGGAGCUGGGCAUCGAGUACACCUUCCCCCCGCUCUACUACAGGAAGGCCCACCGCCGCGCGGUGGCCAAGAAAGCGCUGUGCAUUCGGGUUUUCCAGGAGGUUCAAAAGCUGAAGAAGCAAAAACGGGCCUUAAAAGCUGCAGCCGCCGCAGCCCAGAAACAAGGCCAGAAGAGCCCAGAGGGGCCUGCAGAAGCCAGACCAGAGGCACUCGGGAAAAAUCAAUAAAUUCUGUUCCCAGGA